UGAAAAGGUUGGAACUUUAUUGAUUUCUCUGUUUGUAAUUUUCUAUUUGCUUUCUGGGUUUAUUUUUGACGAAUGGUCUCGGCAACUACCGCUGCCCCAAAAGAAGAGCUCAGUUCGGCACAGCACGGCAGAGGAGCUCCUCUGCAAAGCUCUCUCUUUCCCUUUAACCCUGCCGGUAUUGCCUUUAGCCUGCCCCCCUCCUCUCUCUCUCUCUCUCUCUCCAGUUUUUGUUUUUGUUUUUUUUUGUUUUGGCUCAUAAUUUAGUAAUUCAACUCAAUUAGGUUUCUGUAGAUGUUUGUUUCCUUUUCGUUUUCUUUAAAAUAGUUGUGCUAUUGGGUUGCAUGAUUGAGCCCUUUUUAAGCUUCAACUGGAAGUGAGCUUUGAUUUUGGGAAGAGUAAUAUUGAGUGAUGAUGUAUUAUGUCAUGAUGGGUGGGGAGACUUUUGACCAUACCAGAAGAAAAUGAGAUAAAGCAAGAAAAAGAGAGAUGGCAGAAAGAUUUUCCAUUUCAAGGCUACUCUCUCGUUGCUUCAUUCAAAGAGAUAUCCUUUCAACCAAGCUUCGAUCUUUCUCAAUGUAAUGUGUUGAUUUUGAUUUCUGAGAUUUGAGGGGCUUUUCUUGCUAAAAGUUCGAUUUUUGGGUGUGUGUUUCAACGUAUCUGCGAGAAUGCCUAUGUUUCAGCCUUCCAGGAGGGGUGGGGCUGUCGGGUUCGAGGGCGGCGGCGAUGCCCAUGUUCUAGAUCUGGACACCGCCGUCAAAGAUGGGGUCCUGGGCGGUGGCGGCGGCGGCUUUGCCGGCGGGUUUGGGGAGAAAUUGGAUCUGAAGAAGAUGGUAGAAGAGCUCGACUUAUCCGAGGUUCCGACGGUGUUCAUUUGCCCAAUUUCUCUCGAACCGAUGCAAGACCCGGUGACCCUUUGCACCGGCCAAACAUACGAGCGCUCCAAUAUACUCAAAUGGUUCAGCCUCGGCCACUACACUUGCCCCACGACGAUGCAAGAGCUUUGGGACGAUUCCAUCACGCCAAACAAGACCCUUUAUCACUUAAUCUACACUUGGUUUUCUCAGAAGUAUUUGCAGAUGAAGAAGAAAGCGGAAGAUGUACAGGGCAGGGCGUCGGAGCUUCUCGAAACGGUGAAGAAGGUGAAGGGCCAAUCGCGCGUUAAGGCCCUGAAGGAGCUCCGGCAAGUGGGGGCGGCUCACGCCUCGGCCAGAAAGACUGUGGUCGAUGAAGGCGGCGUCGCUCUGCUUUCGUCUCUACUGGGUGAGCAUACUUCUUAUUCUGUUGGGUCUGAAGUUGUUGCAAUUCUCGUGAAUUUGUCUCUAAAUUCGGAUUCGAAAAAGAAGCUGAUGCAACCCGAUAAGAUCUCGUUAAUUGUGGACAUGUUGCAUGAGGGCUCAAUUGAGACCAAGAUCAAUUGUACCCGGCUUAUUGAAACGCUCAUGGAAGAGGAGGAUUUUCAAUCGGAAACUGUGUCGAGCCAUAGGUUAUUGGUUGGCUUGAUGAGGCUUGUGAAGGACAAGAGACACCCGGAUGGGAAUUUGCCGGGUCUGAGUCUCCUCCGGACAAUAUGUUUGCAUAAUCCGGUCAGGAAUCUGAUUGUGAGCAUUGGGGCUGUGCCUCAAUUGAUGGAGUUGCUGCCGGGGCUGAGCCCGGAUUGCUUGGAAUUGGCCCUGUUCAUUUUGGAUGCCUUGUCCUCUUUACCCGAGGGUAGGCUGGCGUUGAAGAAUUGUUCGAAUACCAUAUCGAAUGUGGUGAAACUGAUAAUGCGGGUUUCAGAGAGUUGCACGCAGCACGCAUUGUCGAUUUUGUGUUCUGUGUGCAAGCUCGCGCCUGAGGAAUGCUCCUCCAUUGCAGUGGAUGCAGGGCUUGCAGCGAAGCUGCUUCUUGUGAUCCAGAGCGCUUGCACUCCAGAACUAAAACAGCAAUCUGCUGAGCUCUUGAAGCUUUGCAGUCUAAAUUAUACAGACACCACCUUCAUAUCCAAAUGCAAGCUCACCAGAACAAUCCAGUGAAAGUGGACUUCUGUUUCAUGAUUUACAUCAUGUUACAAUCCCCUUGUUUGGGGAAACGGCCGGGUUGGAGGCCAGCCAUAAAUCUCAGACCCAUUUAAGAAGCAAGGUUCAUAGAACGCGGGUUUGAGCUUAGCAAUCAGUCUCCUGUACAUACCCGAGCUUCAAUCCUGUCGAUUCAGUAUGCUUGACGAGUCAUAAUGUGGACAUUAGCACAACUUGCUGCCCCGGAUUCAUGUCCGUCUCUGCAUUAAUUCUGGACGCUCCCGCAAAGAAGUGCAAUAAUCUCGGGCAAGAAGAAAGAGUUCUGAAGCUUUCCUUGGUAAAUUGAUCGUUCCAUCAGGCUAUUGCAUCAUAAAGAUUAUAUGUUACUGUGGACAAGAAGUUCGGGAAGGGUUCUGCAAAGAGCUUUAGGGGCACUGCAACUGCAAUUGUAAUUGUUGGUGGGUUGUCCUUGCCCCCAUUCCCUGUAAUUCUCUACUUCUCCCUAGGAUUGCCUUAGAUUUUCAUCUUAUUUAGUAGCUUAAUGGCAAUUUUGCUCUGGCAUUUAUUACCAAGUGUAGAGACUCGGAGCCAUUUGGCGUCAGCCAGAUCCAAUUAAUCUGUACAAUCCAAUGAUACACUGUUUCUCCCUUGCGUGUGAUCUUUCUUUUCUUA